CACAUGUUGGGCUUGUGUGAGGGUGUCAAGUCGCCUCUUCAUGGACAGGUGAAAUAAUGGUGAAUUUCUACCUCUUCCCGCUCGUCUGCGUCGUAUUCCUGCCACUAUGUUAUUCCUCAGACUACUGCGAGUACCCUCUCCUAGAUGAGGCAGCACUAACCGCGUCCUCCGAGUUGCACACAAGAGAGGCAGACAAGGCCAGAUUGUACGAAACCAGUGCAUGGACAGCCAGGAGUGCUGAUUACCUGCAGUACCUGGAGGUGGACUUAAAAGAGACCAAGAACAUAACGGCCAUUGCCACGCAGGGCCGCCAAGACUCCAACGAGUAUGUCACGGCCUACACCAUUGAGUUUGGCCAGGACGGCAACCUCUUUUCUAUUGUCAAAGGGUUUGACGGUAGUAUUUGGGCCUUCCCUGGCAACAAGGACGGCAACACCGUGGUCACCAAUCUGCUCGAGACCCCGAUUAUCGCACGCUACAUCCGCAUAAAGCCCUCGAGAUGGAGGGACCGAAUCUCCCUGCGGCUCGAGCUCUACGGCUGCUCUUACAAGCACGACACAGUCAGCUUCCGCGGGAACUCCAUGGUGAUCGUGGACUAUCAGCGUGUGCCAGUGGCCUCCCUGCGCGACCACAUUCGCUUCAGGUUCCGGACCACACACCCGGAUGCCAUGAUGAUGUACAGCCGUGGCACUCAGGGCGACUACCUCUCACUCCAGCUCGUGCAGAACAAGAUGGUCCUCAAUGUCAAUCUGGGUGCUUCAGCUCCCACCACAUCCCAAAGCAGCAGCAGGUUGGCGAACAGUUUGGAAGCUGCACAAUCUGAAAUUGACGGCACAGAAGAAUGGGGGGCAAAAGUAAAGAGCACCUUUUCUGUGGGAUCACUCUUGGAUGACAACUCCUGGCAUGAUGUGGAGAUUCGCAGGGAGCAGAGGAACAUUACCUUCCUGGUCGACCGCGUCAGGAUUGACGACAUAAUCCACGGUGACUUCAAGAGGCUGGAUCUUAACAGAGAGUUUUAUAUUGGAGGUGUGCCAAACUUGCAGCCAGGGAUGGUGGCAAGAGUGAACUUCACUGGCUGUAUAGAAAAUCUUUUCAUCAACGGCACUGCCAUUAUUCCUGAGAUGCGAGACGCUGAUGAUUAUUACUCUUAUUAUUACCAGCGUCCCAAGUACUCUAAGAUUAACAUUUCGGGCACAUGUCCUUACGGAGACUCCUCUGACCUGACCAUGACCUUCCUGGAGCGAGAGGCUCAUCUCCGCUACCCAGCCUUCGAAGACCAGCGCUCCAUCAACGUGUCUGUAGAGUUCAGGACCUACGAGGAGUCAGGCGUACUUAUCUAUCACAAGUUUUCCACAACAGGCUACUUCAAGCUCUACUUGGAAGAUGGCAAAGUAAAAGUCGUGAUCUCCUCGGCAAAAACCCCAGGCAAGGUUGUACUCGAUAACUUUGACGUCACUUACAAUGACGGCCAGUGGCACAAAGCCAUGUUCACUGUUUCUGAGAACAGCAUGGAACUUACUGUUGACGAUGUCCCUAUGAAGACUACAAGGAUCAUCUCUGUAAUUUCUGGCAAAUACUUCCUUGUUGGAGGUGGAGUCUAUGGUUCGGACGGCUUCCUCGGAUGCAUGAGACGCAUUUCAGUGCUGGGAUUCAUGCAGAAGCCCAAAGAAGAAGAACUAAGUAAUAAGAAAGGCAUUGUACUGGCUGCUUGUCAGAUAAUGGAUCGUUGCAACCCUAAUCCUUGUGAACACCAUGGCCGUUGCAAGCAGAAUAGCAAUGAAUUUUUCUGUGAUUGUUCAGGAACAGGGUACUCAGGUGCCGUGUGCCACACCUCCUUGAACCCCAUUUCUUGUGCUGCCUACGGAAUGCAGAAUCCUGGAUCCAAACGAGCUGAAGUUUUUAUUGACGUUGAUGGCUCUGGGCCUCUGGUUCCCUUCCUGGUCACUUGUGAAUUUUACAACGAUGGCAAAGUGUACUCCUACCUGGGCCACAAGCAUGAGAUGACGACAACUGUGGAUGGCUUUGAGAGGAGAGGCUCUUACGUGCAGAACAUCAUCUAUGCCACUGAAAUGGAACAGAUUGAGAUCUUCGUCAACCGCUCCACCAAGUGCCGGCAGCGCAUUCAUUUCGAGUGCCUGAAGGCCAAGCUCUUUAACUCGCCUUCACCUGAGGAUCAGGACUUCCAGCCCUACACCUGGUGGGUCUCUCGCAACAACCAGCCCAUGGACUACUGGGGAGGAUCUCUGCCAGGGUCUCGGAAGUGCGAGUGCGGUCUUAUGGGCACCUGCGUGACUGGAAAAUGGUGCAACUGUGAUGCAGGUCUAGAGUCGUGGCUGUUUGAUAGCGGAGAGCUGACUGUGAAGGAGCAUCUUCCUGUGAGGCAGCUGCGCAUAGGAGACACGGGCUCACCUCUGGAUGGCAAGAAGGCGCGAUACACACUCGGACCGCUCAUUUGUGAAGGAGACAACAUCUUCGACAACGUGGUCACCUUCCGGAAGGCCGACGCCACCAUCAACUUGCCACGCUUUGACAUGGGGCAUUCAGGGGACAUUUACUUCGAGUUCAAGACCACAGUCCGCGAUGGAUGCCUGGUCCAUGCAAGGGGCACGACGGAUUAUAUUAAGGUCUCCAUUGUGGGUGGCAUGCAGCUACAGUUCCAGUACCAGGCUGGUACAGGGCCUAUGAGUUUGAGCGUCGAAACAGCAUAUGUCCUGAAUGAUGACAAAUGGCACUCGGUGUUGGUUGAGCGAAACCGCAAGGAAGCCCGCAUGAUUGUCGAUGGAGGCGGAAAGGCUGUGCUCAAGGAACCCAGUGGUCCCGUGCGAGCAAUACACCUGGAAUCGGACUUUGUAGUGGGAGCCACUUUGGAUUACCGAGACGGCUUUGUGGGCUGCAUCCGUGCUCUGGUCCUCAACGGGGAACUGCAGGACCUCAGGGGAAGAGCCGAGAGGGGGAUGUACGGGGUCCAUGCAGGCUGCGUCGGAAAGUGCCAGUCCAACCCCUGCUUGAACAACGGGACCUGCCAUGAGGGCUAUGCCAUCUACGAGUGCGAUUGCCGCUGGACCGCCUUCAAGGGACCAAUUUGUGCUGAUGAAAUUGGUAUCAAGAUGCUAACAGAUACAAUGGUGAAAUAUGAGAUUCCUGGCACCUACAAGUCCACUAUUGCCGAGAAGAUCCGCGUGGGCUUCACCACCACGAACCCUCGAGGAUUCCUCAUGGGCUUAUACUCCAACAUUACAGGAGAAUACCUCACCCUUGCCAUCUCCAACUCAGGUCACUUGAAGGUCACAUUUGACUUCGGAUUUGAGAGGCACGAGAAGGUGUAUGGCAAGAGGACCUUCCACGAGGGACAGAACCACGACGUGAAGCUCUACCGGACAGACUCGGGAAGGAAGCUCACCAUGCAGGUCGACAACUAUGA